CACAAGUGCCCCACCCAGAAAUAUAACCUCUAGACUGCUGGCACAAUGCCUUCAAUACACCACAGCGACAACAAUAUACCAAGUCGAGGGUGAUGUUUAAGAUUUUCAACAUUUAAACCUGCAAUUUAUUCAUAAAGAUCGAUUUUCUGAAUCCAGAAAUGAUGGAGUUUGAAUCCAAAAAACAAUCACGCCGUACAAGAAUGAGCUGUUUGUAAUGGAAUGUUUGAUCAAAUUUGAGGUUUAGUUCCGCUAUGAUUAAAUCGCUAACCAUAUACCUGAACAAAUAUAGCCUACAUGGAAAGGUUCCAACUUCAGAUUAAUUGCAGGUUCAUUUCGUGACGGCAGAACAGCCGACUUAUAAACCAUAUACAUUAGCAUAUUAGCUUGAAUAACUUUGCCCAGUUAUUACUUACAUUGGUAAAAUCAACGCAAUAACAAAUCGGCUUAGGAACCCUAUCACCGGGGAAAAUAUAGCUCUGUUUAUUAACAUCACUGCGGGGGGUGAGUUCGUGACCAAAAGCGGACAAAGAGAACCUCAUUGUUCCGUCAUUAUAUGGUACAUUUAAGACUAUUUUUUUUUUUUUUUUUCAGAAUAUGCCCUAAGUCCUCCAGGGACGAAGUUUUCGUGACAAAAAUGUACUUGUGUAGGGAGCUGUCCUUCAGCACCAGCGCAAGGCGGAAUGGUGAGGUUACGCGCACACCAGAAAACUAUUUGUGCGUCAGUUAAAUAAUAAUUCCUUCAGAUAACGCGGAAACCGUUAUUAAAUCACAUUUCUAUUUAAAAUAAAUAUUUUUAGGACACUGAUCUGACAAAGCACAUAUUUUCUAUAAACAUAUCAGUUGCUGACUAACCUGUUGAGAAUAAGGGCGCGUGUAAGUGUAAACACGCGAACACCGCGGUGCCCUCCAACUGUCAACAGUUGUAAUAUAACUACGGAGGCACUGAAUUAAAUACUACCAACGGUCGAUUACAAAACAACAUCUGCGACCUUGAGGAGUUAAAUGGCGUUGACAGAAAGACGUUUCCUCAUUUCACUGAGCGUCUGAAGCACCAACGCAUGCCAGUGAGCAAGGAGGGAGAUAAUACAGGGUGUGCCCUUGACGCUUUUUCAGGGAAAAUAACCACAUUUCGAGAAACGGAAUGAAUCAUAAUAGUUUGAUAUUCAACGACUGGUGAUGGUGAAAACCCCAGGGAUACGAUGUCGAAAGUGGCUGAUCAAUCGGGAGAGGAGCUGUCAUUCCGUUUGACUUCACCUGUCCGGAUGGUCAGUGCUGAAGCGAAGGGACUCGUGAAUGAAACCAGCGCUGCACGUUGACAAGGAGCUGACGGUUGGGAUCACUGGCACGAGGUGAAAUAAUACGAAGUACGACAAGCAGCGAGCUUUUAUUGUUAUUUUAAAUAACCUACAGCGAUGCAUCCGCCAGGCAGUUGCAAAACGCCAAGAGAACGGGGUUUCAUGUUUCAAUUGAUUCUCUCUUCUCGAUUUCUAAUGGUUUUUUCGGAUUGGUAGGCUAACCGUGCCGAGCGGAGUGGGCAUCGCGCUUGUCCUUAAUUUUAAAAUAUAAGAUAAUCUCUUUUUAGCGAGUCAUGUCUUACCCAGAGCGAUGGGCAAGAUCGAUGACAAUGAGAGGAUAAUCCUCAACGUUGGAGGAACCAGGCACGAGACAUACCGGACCACAUUGAAGACCUUGCCUGGCACGCGGUUAGCUCUUCUGGCCUCCGAGGCUGACACGGAGUCCGUGCUGGAUCAACUGCAACAAGUCCCUGGUUUUCUCGAAUACAACCCUAAGAACAACGAAUACUUUUUCGACCGCCACCCUGGUGUGUUCGCUUAUGUUCUCAACUACUACAGGACUGGGAAACUUCACUGCCCGGCAGAUGUCUGUGGUCCGCUCUUCGAAGAAGAGUUGUCGUUCUGGGGUAUCGACGAGACCGACGUGGAGCCAUGCUGCUGGAUGACCUACCGGCAGCACCGGGACGCGGAAGAGGCGCUCGAUGUGUUCGAAUUGAAUGUGGACAAUGGAGACGGAGAAGAGGAAGAUAUAAAUAAAAGGUUGGGCAUUGAGGACGUGGUGUCCCCCGACGGCAAUGUCAGCCGCUGGAAAAAGUGGCAGCCGGUGAUUUGGAAUCUGUUUGAGGAUCCCUAUUCUUCCAGAGCCGCAAGGUUUGUGGCCUUCGCCUCCUUGUUCUUCAUCCUCGUCUCCAUCACCACCUUCUGCCUGGAGACGCACGAGGCCUUCAACACCAUCGUCAACAAGACGGACGCGUCGCGCAACGACAGCCAGCCGGACCCCGGCCCGCACUACGAGAUCGAGACGGACCCGGCGCUCACCUACGUGGAGGGCGUCUGCGUCCUCUGGUUCACCAUCGAGUUCCUGGUGCGGGUGACCUUCAGCCCGGACAAGCUGGAGUUCGUCAAGAGCGUGCUGAACAUCAUCGACUUCGUGGCCAUCCUGCCCUUCUACCUGGAGGUGGGGCUGAGCGGGCUCUCCUCCAAGGCCGCCAAGGACGUGCUGGGCUUCCUGCGUGUGGUGCGAUUCGUGCGGAUCCUGCGCAUCUUCAAGCUCACCCGCCAUUUUGUGGGUCUCCGCGUGCUGGGCCACACGCUCCGCGCCAGCAUCAACGAGUUCCUCCUCCUCAUCAUCUUCCUCGCCCUGGGCGUGCUCAUCUUCGCCACCAUGAUCUACUACGCCGAGCGCGUCGGGGCCAGCCCCACCGACCCCACCGCCAGCAAGCACACCGAGUUCAAGAACAUCCCCAUCGGCUUCUGGUGGGCGGUGGUCACCAUGACCACGCUGGGCUACGGCGACAUGUACCCCAAGACCUGGACGGGCAUGCUGGUGGGCGCCCUGUGCGCCCUGGCUGGGGUGCUGACCAUCGCCAUGCCCGUGCCCGUCAUCGUCAACAACUUCGGGAUGUACUACUCGCUGGCCAUGGCCAAGCAGAAGCUGCCCAAGAAGAGGAAGAAGCAUAUCCCCCAGGGCCCGCAGGCGGGGUCCCCCACCUACGGCCACGCGGAGCUCAACCUCACCUGCAACAGCACCCAGGUGGACCCCUGCCUGGGCAACCGGGGGAACAGGGUGCUGGAACGCAACAGAUCGGUGCUUUCAGGCGACUGCAGCGGGGGAAGUGACCUCACCCUCUCCCCGGAGGACUGCAAUCCCCUGCGGAGGUCCAGCACGCGCGACAGGAUCCGGAGGAGCGCCGGGGGCACCUGCUUCCUGCUGGCGGCCAGCGACUACACCUGCUCCACCGACGGGGGCGUCCGCAAAACAGGCUACGAGAAAUCCAGGAGCUUAAGCAACAUAGCAGGCCUGGCCGGCAGCGCCCUGAGGCUGUCUCCGGUGACAUCGCCCUACAACUCGCCCUGUCCAAUGAGGCGCUCUCGCUCUCCCAUCCCAUCAAUCCUGUGAGGCCAGGCCCCACGCCCCCCCCGCCUCUCCCUCAUCUUCCAUACGGGCCGUCUCUCCUCCCCCCCUCGAAUUCAGCAGAGGGACUGCCUGCGCCCCGCAGAAUUACGUUUGGCGUGCCGACGGUGCGAUACGAAUUUGCGUAUGGUGUUAAAACUGUAGCAGGACACGAGGAGCCAAUCUGUUUUUUCCCCCCCCAAUGGACAAAACCCCGCCCAUCUUUGACUAGUGAGGAGAGUAGCGCUUCCUUUUUUGGUUAGCAAUCGUCCCUUAAUAAUGGUAGCUUCUCAAUAGCAAUAAGUAGGACAAUUAAUGGCUUUUCCACAUGGCCAUAUAAAGUUUAAUAACAGUGUUUUAAAAUCAGGGAGAUUAUUUACGCAGCCCUAUUUAAAUGAGAUUAUGUGCUUCCAAACCAUAUAAUCACCCCCCCCUUUGGACCUCACGUCAAUGACUGUUAUCCCAUCCUCCCCCCCCCUCCCUCCUGGAGAUGUCUGGAGCCUUGUCUUGAUUCACGUGCCACGCCCCUCCCCCCCCCCCCACCACGCAAACCACCGGGCCUUGGUCACAUCUUUGCAUGGAUCAUCCUGUGUCAUCGUCUUACAGCAAUGUUAUAAGCAAAGCAAAAAAACAAAAAAAAAAAAAACGAACAAAAAAACAAAAAGGAAACCCCGUUUCUCGGACAUGGAAUGUGCACUGGACCUGUGUGUGUGUGUGUAUGUGCGUGUGCGUGCGCUGUCUGCUGCAAAGACAGGACAGCAUUGGGAAUGCCCCAGCGGACUGUCCCUCCUGUGCAUGUGGCUGAGCUCCUCCCUCGCUGCUGGUUUUUUUUCUUCUUUUCUUUGCCCAAACUGUCACCACAUGGCCAAAAAACUGAGCUGUCUCCGGUUGUCUAGGUGCAGAGAACUGCAAAGACGUUGUCUUUACUGGUUGCAUACAAGCUGAGAGCAGCACUCUUUCUUAAUGGACUGGAAGGCUUCGUCAAGAUGCUAUAAAAGGUAAUGUCAUCUCUAUGGCUUGCAUUGAAACUCAUCACAGAUCUCAGUAGGCAAAUUAACUGCAUUUUGUUUGUAUGCCCAGGGGGUCAUUUGGCAAUAUUGUGGCCGAAUUGCAGUUUCAAAAGUGGGUUUCAGUACAUUAAGUGUUGACAGAAUGUACAGAGUGCGUUCUUAUGUAAUUUAAAUAAGUAAUUCACCGUAAAGUUUGACCUCUUUUUUGUAAAGAAAAAAAAAUUCAAGGUUAAACACACACACACACAUUAUGCUUUGGGAUCUAGUGCAUUAUGGGUUGUUUGUAGCACUCAGUAGGGAUGAGUUGCCGAGAAACAAGAAGGGCCAUUUUACUGAUCUUGACAGACACACCUACACAGGUAAAUUGCUAUUUACGUGAGUAGAUUCUAACAGGUGGGUCACACAUAGUAUGAUCUUGCUGGUUCCAGAAAUGCAUCUCACCCAUUACCUAUGGCAACAAUAGCAUGGUUGCUAAGCAACUGGCACACAUUGAGGUGUGACUGUACAGUUGACUGUCACAGGCACAACACGCGCACAGACACACACACUUACUGUAAAUACUGUUAAUUAGUGUGAAAAGGCAUACAGUAUACACCAAAUAGAUACAAAGAUAUGGCGUUAUAUUAGUACCAUUAAGAACUGAUAUAGAAAAAAAUAUUGAUUGGUAAUAAAAAAAUUUAAAUAAAAUGUAUUUUUCUUUUUUAUUUUCUUAAAGGAAAAGUUAGUUUAAAUUGAUUUAUAUCUCGUGAAAAUAAAAAUUAAAAACCAGUUAUAGCCAAUAAAUCAAUAUUUUUAAAGUAUUCUUAAUGGGACUAAUCUAGAACCAUAAAAAUAUAUUUUUAUCAAUUUGUUGGGCCACCCCCAGUGUAAUGAUAAAGCUAAUGGGGAAAGCAUAUGCAUACACAGAAAAAAUGAAAUAUAAAAAUAUAUGUUACCUUUGUAUUAAUCAAUGCCUGUAUAUAUGUGUAAUCGUGUUCUGUAGCAUGAAUCUGCAUGACCGUCUUUGUAAUAUACAAUGAAUAUUCCCGCAGAAACAUUUCUGAUAUUUAGAAAUGAGGGCAAUAUAUAUUUUUUUUUUCAACAUGUUCACAGAUAUUUUGUUUUGGAGAAAUAUUAUUGCUGAUGGAACUUGUGGGAAAAGCUGCUGCUGCUGUCUUUGGCCACAGCACAGAACAGCAUUACUCAUGGAUUAAAACAACACAGUGGACACUGGAUAACUACAGCUGUUGACUGGACAACUGUCAGAGGAAGUUCCUUCAGAAUUCUGAGGAAUUCCCAGAGUUCCGAGGAACGUUGGGAUCACUGGGCUGGGGGAAUUAAAAAAAAAAAAAGAAACUACUGUUGCUAUUGUGGCCACAAUGGACACACACCCUGAACACAAGGAUUAAAUAUAUAUUUGUAUAUAUUAACUCAAGGCACGUGAGGAAACAAACUCUUCUCACGCAGUCUUCUAAAGGAAAGAGGAACAAAGUCUUUGUGGAUCUUACGUGUGACACCCAUAUGUCUAUAACUCUUUGCCAUCCACGGAAUCCCUGCAAUAAGUGUAUUAAAACAUUUAAAGCCAAGAUAGAUCUGGACAAAUGGUUUAUCUGUAAAUCUAUAAAUCCAUAGACAGGGGGGAAAAAAAUAUGUGCUAAAGAUUAAUAAAUGUGACAAAUAGUCGAUACUUUUA